GGAGGCAUGCUAACAUUCUUCAGCCUGCACCAAGAAGCUGUUUAGCAGAAUUUCAGAAAGCUUAUUAGAGCUGCCAGCCCUAGCCCCAGCCCCAUCCUGGUCCCGGCCGGCCGCAGCAGCUGAAGAGCCCUCCCCAGUCUGGCUGGGGAGGGAGGGGAGAAGGAGAAGGAAGGGAAAAAACCAACAGUUGGCAUUCACUCAGGCGGUGCUCACUCUCCAUCCAUCUCUCCUCCUGCCUCCCUCCUCCCACCCUGGCCAGCCGGCCAGCCCCCAAGGAAAGCCAAGCCUUCCUCCUUUUGUGCUACACCCUCUCCCUCCUCCUCCUCCUUUCCCCCUGCCCUCCCCCCAAGGGCCCUAUAAAUAGCCCCAGAAGGCGGGCUACUCUCCAGAGCACUUCUCAGGCUCCAAGGGCAAGGACGGGUGUGCCAACCAGCUGUGGCCACUAAGGCAGGGCAGGACAGGACAGAGCAAGACAGGUGGAGGUCAGGGUCACCAUGGCCAGUGAGUUCAAGAAGAAGAUUUUUUGGAGGGCAGUGGUGGCCGAGUUCCUGGCCAUGAUCCUCUUCGUGUUCAUCAGCAUUGGCUCAGCUCUGGGCUACAACUACCCACUUGAGGGCAACAAGACCUCUGGUGCCACCCAGGACAACGUGAAGGUCUCACUGGCCUUCGGCCUCAGCAUCGCCACCCUGGCACAGAGUGUGGGCCACAUCAGUGGUGCCCACCUCAACCCAGCUGUCACCCUGGGGCUCUUGCUCAGCUGCCAGAUCAGCAUCCUCCGAGCCCUCAUGUACAUCAUUGCUCAGUCCGUGGGGGCCAUUGUGGCCACAGCCAUCCUGUCAGGCAUCACCUCAAACCUCCCUGGCAACACCCUUGGGCUCAAUGGGCUUGCCAAGGGAGUCAAUUCAGGCCAGGGACUAGGCAUUGAGAUCAUUGGCACCCUGCAGCUGGUGCUGUGUGUACUGGCCACCACGGACCGCAGGCGCCAUGACAUCACAGGCUCGGCUCCAUUGGCGAUUGGCCUCUCUGUUGCUCUGGGCCACCUCCUCGCGAUUGAUUACACCGGUUGUGGCAUCAAUCCUGCCCGCUCCUUUGGCUCGGCGGUUAUAGCCAACAACUUCGAGCACCAUUGGAUUUUCUGGGUGGGGCCCUUCAUCGGGGGUGCCCUGGCUGCGCUCAUCUAUGACUUCAUCCUGGCCCCACGCAGCAGCGAGCUCACGGACCGCAUGAAGGUCUGGAGCAGCGGGCAGGUGGAGGAGUAUGACCUGGAUCCCGAGGACAUAAACUCCAGGGUGGAGAUGAAGCCCAAAUAGAGGGAGCCUCUUCGAAGUGGGGGAAGGGGGCUUGCAAGGCAGGCGGGAGGGGGGCGAGGGCGGGGUCUGGGGGAAGAUGUAACUCUAUGUUAUAGACUCUACAAGCCAGCUGCCUCAGAGACAUCCUGGUGCCCCCUCCCCGGGUGCCUGGGGUGUCUCAGCAUCUUUCUUUCUCUUUCCUUGUCUCCUGUUUCUCGAGCUGGAUGCCUGGGGUCCACAUGUUGAUGUUUGUUUCCCCAAGCCUGGGACACAAGAGAGGGAAGGGAACACCUCACAGCAGCCCCCCUGAGGGCCCUGGACUGAGGUUUGGAAGGGUAUUCUAUCGGUAGGGCUUGGAGGUAUGUGUCUACACCACAUGAUGUGAGGGGAACCUGCAAAGCCUUCUGGUCCCACUUGUCUCCCCCGUGUGGCCACCUGCUCCAAAUCCUACCUUUUGAAGGGUCUCAGAUUCCCCAUCUGUGAAAUGGGUCUACCGGACAAGCUGCCCUCCAAAUCAUGUUCUAGCAGGGAUGACAGGAGUUUGUGAUCAUGGAGAGUGUAGAUUUGAGGAGAGCUCAGGGCCGGAAAUGGAGCCGUCAUCCUGAGGCUUUGGGAGGAGGAUGCCCCGCCCCUCCCCUCCCUCGCCACGGUCCUUGAGGCCUUCGACUAAGCCCUCGUCAAAUUAUCUCGUCUAAGCAUGAUUGUUUUCUUAAAUUGCAUGGAUAAUUUCUUCCCCUUGAAGUACGCUGAUAAAGCGGGGGCUAGCUGACUUUAUUUUGCCAGUGUAGACCGGACCAUCUGCCCACUGAGGAUGUGGGUGGCCUGAGGCACCAACUCUGCCCAGGCCCAGGGCAGGCCUGAAUGACCUUACCCAAACCCCCGUGCCCAUCUGUUUGCUGGGAGCUGGUCCGGGUCCCACCAACAUUCCAGCAGGGUCUACACAGCCCAAAGAGACAGGGAACUCCGUCGGUGUAGACAGUGGCCCAGAGAGAGAGAAGCUGGGGCCCCUAGUGGGAGCGAUGCCCUGGACCUUCUCCUUCCCUUGCCUCCAUGCCUGCCCUCUCUGCAAGCAGCCAAGCCUCUACAUCCCCAGGCAUCCAGAAAGAGCUGGAGACACUCAGUCCAGGACCCAGGGGUGCAGCAGCACCCCAGCCACCACACUCUUUCUUUGCUGCUAUGCACUUUUCACAUAUAUACCACAGGGGUGAUCCUGCCCAUUGGACACAUGAGGCCAUUGAGACCAGGUUCCCAGGGAGUUCAGGGCAGGCAGGGACUAGAACCCGAGGUUCCUGACUCUCUCAGGAUGAAGCAACUGUCUAUACCCCAGGUGCCCCCAGGCCCUGGGCAUAGAGAAAGAGCAUUCUGAAUGUCCCUACCGCCCCCCCCCCAAGUCGUGCCUGGGUCAGGAGCUUCCUGGUCACAGGGCUGGGGGCAGAACCAGUGCCUUAUGGCCUAUCCCCCUCUCUUCCUCACAUCUAGUCCUUGGGCCUCUGUCUCUGCCUAUGUGGCAACUACUACCACCUUGGGACUGGAAUCACAUGAACAAAUAAAGGUGUAUGAAUAUGGAAUA